UCCAAUUUGUCAAUGUCUAAUUUCGCUGAAAAAUAGGACAGCAGAGGACAAAGCGGGGAAGAUUUGUUUAUCGAUUUUUUUCAAAUUGUUAAUAAAUGAAUAAAAUAUAAACAUAAUUAUGAUUGAGAAAUAGAAAGAAUGUGAUGUGCUAAUAUAAUUUAUAAAACGCCAUGUCAGCGAAUGGGAACGGUGGCAUUUAUGCGCCCUUGAAACAGAUCCUCUCAGAUUCAGAGUCCGAAGAUGACAAACUGGAAAAUGCUGCUCACAUUAAAUCUACAGACAGCUGCAACAAUUUAGACUUCAACAGCGGCUUGCAGUCGUCCAAAAACUAUAGCCUCAGUGAUAUGGACGAGUUCAAUACAAAUCUAAACACUGUUGAAAGUACAAUGGAUAAUGUUAGUUUCUUGCAGUCAGAUGUUUCAAAUAAGAUGUCUUUUCCUCGGCGGUUCGCCUUUAUCACAUCCAUUCUAGUUUGCAUAUUCACCGUGGUCGUAUUCUUGUGGGUUAUACCAUGCACUGAAGCCGGCAGCUGUGCUAAUAUUGAAUGGCAUGACAAAACCACUAGCUGGGAGCUUCCUUACGACGAAAUCGAGCUAUCUGGCGCUGUACAAAUCGUAGACGGCGCUUUACCAAAUACCAAGAAUUUGAUACUCAUUUAUAGAGGCAACCACAUGAAACAAGAGACAAAUGACAACAACAAUGUCAAUGGAGUUCUUCUUAUUGUUGGAAAUUCCGGCAAAGUGGGCUGGUAUAUACGGGAAAAGAGAAUACCAACAGAAAUUAACUGCCACCUUCUUGAUGUUAACAGGGAUAAGAAAAAGGAUUGUGUGUUCUCAGGGUCCAAGGGCCUUUUGGCAGCUAUAAACCCUUUGUCUGGUACUUAUUACUGGUAUAUCCAUAAAGAUGGCCAGAUUUUUACAAACAUAGUCGCCAUUGAUUUUCCGAUUUUAUUUAAAGAUAUAGAUAAGGACAAAGUGAAUGAUCUUUUGACUGUAGCAACCAUCUCACCAAGUUCCAAUCAUAAUAAUUUGGUUGUAGUCUCAGGUGCUACUGGCAACAUUAUUGGGGAACCCUUGGUGAUCCCAGAUUGCAUAUCAGUCAAACUUCUUGCAGAGUCAGAUGCCAUAACUUACAUUUGCAAGAAUGGAACCACUGAGGCAGUCAGAGCAAUUACGUAUACAUCUCUUUACAAAAAACAAUUGAAAAUUGAUCAAAAUACAAAUCAUACACCUCCUAUUUCAUCAACCAAAAAAGUGAAUCUAAGUUUAAAGAAAAAGAUCGGUAAUACAAGAGAAAUAUUCACAAAUGGCCCUGGGAAAAUUAUUGUGGAAAAUUCUGGAGAGUGCCCUUAUUCAUGCAGAGUUAACAUAAAGUUAUUGCUUGAGAGAAAUGGAACCACCAAUGUGAGCUGGGAGUACUCUGCAAACCAUGUGUAUGCCAUGAGACCCAGCUCUUUCGCUUUUGCUAACUCUAUCAGGGGGUUUGUGCUGAAAUUAUGACAGUGGAACAGUGCACACUUGGCAAAGGGUGCACUAAAGAUUGAUGAAAUACAAUACAAUGUUCAGAACCAGAGCCCAAAGAACAUUUACGACAUUUUCUAUUACCGGCCCACUAUAAAUGUGGCUUCUAUAUCAUCAUUCAUAAAAUAUGACAAUUUUACAGCACAUGACAUUUCUGAGAGGAUAGUGCUUGUGUCAUUUGAUAAGAUGCAAACGCACAAUGUGAAUGUAAGCCAGACAGAUAUCUUGCAGAUUUGUGUGCGUGGCCCCAUUGACACGCAAGCAGCUCUGCCUACUUGCCAGCCUGACUUAGAGUACCAGGAGAAAUCAUUGACGAUUGCAGACCUAGACGGAGAUAGGACGCAUGAACUUAUAUCCUAUUACAGCACAUUCGUUGCUCCUGAACCUAACAGCCCAAAAAACACUAAUCCUGAUGACAAUUGGCACCUAACUUCAAUAGUAAGAGUUAUUCGUUUAGAAUCUGAAUUACCAAAACUGUUUGUUGCUGACAAUUAAUUUGAUACUCAUUUAGUUUGUACAAGUAUUCAUCCGUUUUAACAUUAGUAUUUGCCAUAUUGAAUUUAAUAUAUGUUUAGAGCAGGUAAAGCAACUUAAUUUUAUGAAUGGCGGAUUUUACAAAGAUAUAAAUUAAAAAUUGUCAUUUUAAGAAAUUUAGCUUGCUUGCCCUUGACUUAUAUUUUGGAGUUGACUUAUAAGUUUCGAUAUUAAGUUGCAAUAAGGUACAUUGCUAUAGCUUAUAUUCAAUAUAAUCAAGUUCGUGUUUUUAAAUAAUAAGUGGAUAGAUUUCUGAUAAUAAAUAUUUAAGUGCAUGCAGGCAUUAUGCCUAUUUGAUUAAUACAAAAUUAGUAUUGUGUAAGAAUUUCUAUGCAAUAUUUUUUGGAUGAGACAGCUCUUAUAACUCCCAAGGUCCCCGUGGCCUAGUUUUAGGAGAAUUUGGGAGUGGUUUGAGAAUUUUUUUAUAGUCAUUAGUUUGUAGAAUAUUUUUAUUUCAUUAAGUAUAUGACUUCUGCCUGGAGUGUUCAAUGUAAUCAAUUAGUCAUUUUCAAUCUUACAUAUUAUAUAAUCGAUGUAUCAGAAUAAUAUUCUAUAAAUAUCUAUAUUUAGUACAUACAAAUACCUACAUGAUAUUAAACUAUAAAUAGUGUAGUUAAUUUACAGUCACGCAGAAUGCUUGUCAUCGUUAAUUCAGAGAUUAAAUCCAAAGUAACAAUGUUUAAUGUGUUAUGAAUUAAAGUUUAAACACCAAGACAAGGUGGCAGAUAACUUAAGUAGUAUUUUAAUUAAAUGAAAAUAAAUCAUAAAUAAGAUUAAAAUUAAAAAAAUAAUAAUCUCAGUUGCCAAUAUAUAAUACCAAAGUUUAAAUCAAUCUCUAAAUCGUAAAAUUGAAUUCUUGACAUUUUAGCCGAGUUUUACUAGCAUUGUGUGCAUUAUCUAAAAUUAGCAUGUUCUUAAAAUGUUUUUAUUCAUACUUGAUAAAAUCAAAGGCCGUAUUCAAAAAUGCAAGUUUAAUGUGUAAUGUAAGUUGCAUAAAACGUUAAUAUUAUCAUACAUGCGGCAUUGAAUUUAUUAGCAACCUUUGAAUUAGACUGUGCUUACUAGUAUCUUUCAAAUGUGACGUAGUUAAGAGCUUUAUCCAAAAUGUGAAUCUCAUUUCAAGUUAUGAUAGGCUUAUAUAAAUCUGAAUCGUAGGUACAGUCUUUAAUUAAAAGUACCUAUGCUAUAAUAUAUUAUUAAUUAAAAUUAUUAUGAGUAUACGACAGCGUGUGCGCACGCUGCGUAGGCGCCAGCAAUACGUCGACGCUCGAAAUACGCAGCGUGGGGUGGUGGCGAGAGAGGAAGUGCCUUAAGAGGGCCCGUGGGGUGGUGGAG